CUGCCGCAGGGUGGCGCACAUCAGACACAGGACGCAGCAGGAAGGGGCAGAGCGUCGCGUAUGGUGACAGCACAACGGCGUCCUCGCCAUCUGCUACUGUCGUGCGGAGCUUCCGGAGUGUGUGCAGCGGAGGACGCCCAUAGCGGGAAUUCUCACCGGCGCUGUAACCGCGCGUCCUCUCCCUGUGCAUGUGAGAGCGGCGAGCGGGCAGCAGCAGAGAUGAGCGCCGCCGGCGGGGAGGAGAUUAUCCGCAUCGCUAAGAAGAUGGAGCGGAUGGUGCAGAAGAAGAACACGGCCGGGGCUUUAGAUUUAUUAAAAGAGCUUAAAAAUCUCCCUAUGACCCUGGAGCUUCUUCAGUCCACCCGAAUCGGAAUGUCUGUGAACGCCAUCCGUAAACAAAGUGCAAACGAAGAUGUGACUUCUCUAGCCAAAUCGCUCAUCAAAUCCUGGAAGAAGCUGCUAGAUGGCCCUUCAUUAGACAAAGAUCCAGAGGAGAAGAAGAAAGAGCAAGCGUCUCCUGCCCAGAACAGUCCAGAGGCCAGGGAAGAGAGUUCUAGUAGUAAUUUUGGCAUUCGGAAUGAAGAGUGUGCAGCCCCAUCUGACAGCUUCAUUACUUCCUUUCCUCGAGCUCCCAGCACAUCAGACCAUGUCAGGAUUAAAUGCAGAGAGCUCCUUGCUACAGCCCUUAAAACAGGAGAUGACUACAUUACCAUUGGAGCAGAUGAUGAGGAGCUGGGGGCCCAAAUUGAGGAAGCUGUGUUCCAAGAAUUUAAAAACACUGAUGCAAAAUACAAGAACAGAGUGCGGAGCAGAAUUGCCAACUUAAAGGAUGCAAAAAACCCCAACUUGAGGCGAAACGUCCUUUGUGGUAACAUUGGUCCAGAUCUAUUUGCCAGGAUGUCAGCAGAGGACAUGGCAAGUGAUGAACUUAAAGAGAUGCGGAAAAACCUGACAAAGGAGGCUAUCCGAGAGCAUCAGAUGGCCAAGACAGGCGGCACAGAGACUGACCUCUUCUCCUGUGGCAAAUGCAAGAAGAAAAGUUGUACUUACACACAGGUUCAGACCCGUAGCGCUGAUGAACCUAUGACAACAUUUGUUUUCUGUAAUAAUUGUGGAAAUCGGUGGAAGUUUUGCUAAAAGAAAAUGUAUUUAGAGAACAAACAGAGGAAGAAACUCUUUUUACAAUCAAGCAAUUCAAAUAGGACCUGUUUUUCUUUAGCUGGAUUCAAUUCACAAGAUCCAUGGAUUUUUAAGACCAAAUUUGUGAAAUUUCCUCUUUGAUGUGUAAAGGAGGCCCCAAUUUUAUGGUGCAAGUGUAAAAAUAUUAACUUUUUUUUUUUUUUUAUAACUGAGUCAACAUUAAACUUUUAUCAAUACAACCAUGGCAUCUUGUUUUCUGUAUGAACAUUUGCAAAUCUGUUUUACUUAAGAAAACAUCCAUAUUGUAUUGUGUGCUAUAAAUCUUGCUUAAUCUCAAACUUUAAAUCUGUAGAUCUGAUUGUGAAACAAAUCUAAUAUUCCUCUCAUGUAUUCAAUGUUAGCAAUGUCCUCCUAAUCAUUACGUGAAAAAUACUGAUAAUUGAGGCAUCAAUACUAGUUAUUUUGUUAAAUGGUUGAAUUGAAUUUCAUUCCCAUCAAACUUUGUGCUUUAUCAUUUUAGAUAGAUUUUCAUUAAACUGAGAAUGUUUUGUAAAUUGUGCAUUGAUAUGACAUUUCAUCAACUUUUGUAAAUUGUUUCGACUUCUUUCACCUGAUGAAUGAGAUUGAAAUGGUGAUAGAACCUAUUAAAAAAAAAUGCUCAUAAUUAA